AUGGGCAAAAAAGCUGGGUACAUCGACCCGGAUGACGAGAGGCUGAAGGUGGGACAGAAGCAGCUGGUGGAAGAUUCCGCAAAAUGGAAAGGCCCCAGUCACAAGGAACGGCAACAAGAGAGGGAGAUCAAGAAGGCGAUGAAGAAUCGGGCCAAACCCGAGAAAACCUCAUGGAAACAGCAAGCUGCUGGAUGGUUCUUCAUCGUCUUCAUUUGUGGAGUUGGCUUCGUCUCCUUUCUCUUCACCAUGUCUGAUGUGAUCGUGGGCAAUGGCAUCGUUCAGCUGGACGUGCAGGACACGGCCAAGCUGAAGGCGGUGCUCUUUGGCGGCGAGCCGUGGCUGGUGUAUUGUGUCAACCAAGAUACAGAGAAUUAUCGCUUACCUCCAGUGCUGGAGGAAAAUGCCCGAAGUCUGUGGCGAAAUUUGGGGCUCAGCGUGGGGGUUUUGAAAUGCUGGGAGCCUACUUCCAGUGGUCGAAGCGUGGCACAACGCUUCAAGCUGAACUUGAAACCUCCUCUGUCCUUCGUGGUGGCCAAUGGAAACAAGCCAAGGACCUUGGGCCUUACAGGGAUUUCCAAGGGUGAGGACCUGGAAAAGAGACUUCGACCUGCCUUGGCUUUGGAGAUAGUCCGCAUUGACGCGCUGAAACAGUGGACGGGAUCCUGCACAUCGCGUCGUUCCUGCGUGGUGAUUGGCCACAAGAACCAGGCGCAGAGGGACACGGCCACGAAUGUGCUGAAACCGCUUCACUCCAGCUUUCGCGCCCUGCAGAUGGUAACCUUAGAUACAUCCUUUUGGCAGUUGAAGCUGGAAGACGGCUUGAUGGCCACCCGAAACAAAGAAAAGGGCGGUGCGGAUGUGCUGUGCCUGACACGGGAGGACGUGCCAGGUGGGAAUUCCAGCUACGGAGGCUUCUUCCUGCAGAGUCUGGAUGCCGGCAGUGCGAAAGUCUUCCUGCAGGCCUGUUUGGAUCACAGCAGCCCUGUGGCCUUGAAGGCUUCGCCGAAGAUCAAGGCGAGGCCCUCCAAGCCCAAGAAGGUGACGCCACCCACGCCCAAGGCUCCAAAGGCCCGAGCCGCUCCGGCGCCGGCGCCUCAAAGGAAAGCCAAGAAGGGUAGUGUGGAUCAGGUUGGGUCCAGAGAGUCGCUGGAAAGUGAGGAGCCACUGUUUGAGGCAGUUGAGGAAGAUGAGGAAGAAGAGGAGGAGCUGCUUGGGCCGCUGGCAGUCCUGGCAUUUGCUUCAAGAACUAGGAAAACAACUGCGCUGUGCAUCAGAUCUGGCACGGCGGUGGGAAGGUUUCCACUGAUUGUGCUGCAUCUUUUGGGAGCCAAUGCGAUCGCUUUCCCAGUUCCAUAUUGGACAUGGGAGGGCUCCAGCUUUAUCCCCUAUGCCUGUCAUGGCUUUGAACAUCUUGCGCCAAAUCGGGAGGUCAUUCUCUUGAGCGUUUGCGAAGAUGGCACGUGUCGACCGCUGUUGUGCGAUGAGGAUUUGAAGGCUGCCGUGGCCACACCUGGCGCCGCACGUUUUGAGGUGCGAGAGGUGAUGAGACCCCAGCCCAUGUCACGUCCAUCUGCAUCGCUGAGUGCGCAGGUGCCCAAAGAAGGCAGCUUCGCAGCGACGAUGGGACAAGGUUCUGCCCCAUCGAAGCGGCCCGAGAAACGGACGUCGCGCAAGGUGGCCUUCGGGGGUACCGACUUCGCCGAGCCGCUUCCAACGUCCGAAUCGCCCGACACGCCCGAGCCGGAGCUCCUGGAAGGCAGCUUGGUGGAGGAAGUGAACGACCCCUUUGAGGACUUUGUGGAGGAAACGACCAACUUGGUAGAGGUCAUGGGUUUGCAAUCAGAUUACCGCCGUCUCAGAUCUCGAUUGAGGAAGCAGAUGGACUUCGUGUGGAAAACCCUCCAAGAACACCGCGAAGUGGUAAGCCUGGUGGGUUCCUCUGCAAGGACCAUGGGAACUCAGAAUCGCAUGAAGGUGCAUAGCCGAGACCUGGCCAAGUUGCGGCACACCGUGGGGCUGAUGGAAGAGCUGAAGGCAACUGCAGAUGAGAGCCUGCUGCAAAAACCGGUGGAGGCCCGGUGGUGGAUUCCACAUGCGCGGCAGCGAUUGUCGCAGGUGCGACAGGGCUUAGGGAGGACUACUCAACUGGCAGCUUUCGACGAAAGCCUCGAAGGAGAUGUUGGGAAAGCUCUUGGCAAAGCCUGGGGCCCUUUGCCUCGGUGGCCUUUCGUUUCUACGCCUCGGGAGAUGGUGAUGCCAUAGAGGGCAACUCGGUCAUCUUCCUCUGGAUGGAGACACCUCCCAUCUUCAGCUUUUCCUACACCCUUUGGGUGGGAAGCCAAACCGUGGCAACCUUCGAGCGAUGGCCAUAUGAGGC